AUGGUUGCUAUUCUUCAUCAUUGUCAUUCGCUAGCAUGUGGAGGUCACUUCGGAGCCGCCAAAACCGCAGCUAAGGUACUCCAAUCGGGAUUCUUAUGGCCAACUCUAUUCGAGGAUGCUCAUACAUUUGUCCAAACUUGUGAUCGUUGUCAAAGAACCGGGAAUAUUUCUCGUCGAGAUCAAAUGCCGUUGUCCAACAUUUUGGAGGUUGAAGUAUUUGACGUUUGGGGCAUUGACUUCAUGGGACCUUUCCCACCAUCUUACAACAAUCUCUACAUUUUGGUAGCCGUUGAUUAUGUCUCUAAGUGA